AUGUCUUUUGGGUUAACUGAUGCCCCGGCAGUAUUUAUGGAUUAUAUGAACAGAAUUUUCCGACCGUAUCUGGACAAGUUUGUCAUUGUCUUCAUUGAUGACAUUCUUGUUUAUUCUAAGUCUGAAGAGGAACAUGCUGAACACUUGCGAACUGUACUGCAAAUUCUGAGAGACAGAAAGUUGUAUGCUAAGUUAUCUAAAUGUGAGUUCUGGAAGAGUGAAGUGAAGUUUCUCGGCCACGUGGUGAGUAAGCAGGGAAUAGCUGUGGAUCCUGCUAAGGUGGAAGCAGUGAUGAAUUGGGAGCGACCAACUUCAGUGUCAGAGAUCAGAAGUUUCCUAGGUUUGGCGGGAUAUUAUCGCAGAUUCAUUAAGGGAUUUUCACAGCUCGCCUUACCUUUAACUAAAUUGACUAGGAAGGAUACACCUUUUAUCUGGACUCCAGAAUGUGAAGAGAGUUUUCAGGCAUUGAAGCACAGGUUGACUACUGCACCUGUAUUGGUAUUACCUGAACCAAGUGAACCGUUUGAAGUGUAUUGUGAUGCAUCUCUGAAAGGUUUGGGGUGUGUUCUGAUGCAGUACCAGAAUGUUGUAGCAUACGCCUCACGGCAAUUAAGGCCGCAUGAAAUGAACUAUCCGACACAUGAUUUGAAACUUGCUGCUGUUGUGUUUGCUUUAAAGAUCUGGAGGCACUACCUCUAUGGCGUUAGGUUUCAUGUUUUCUCAGAUCAUAAGAUUUUGAAGAAAAGCGAACGUUGUGGCGGACGCUUUGAGUCGGAAGUCUUUAUAUGCAGCUUGGAUGAUGCUACGGGAGGAAGAGUUACUGAAGGCAUUCCAAGGCUCAUCGAGAUAGUGAAGCAUUACGUAAGGUAUUACCAGCAGUCAAACAGGGGAAACAUUGGAGAGUGUCAGAAGGACAGGAUGAAGGUUAAUAUUGAGCAUCAGAGACCAUCAGGAACCCUUCAGCCUUUAGAGAUUCCACAAUGGAAAUGGGAAAGUAUCGCAAUGGAUUUUGUGAUAGGUUUGCCUAGAACUCGGUCUGGUUGUGACGCUAUUUGGGUGGUUGUGGAUCGACUGACAAAAUCAGCUCACUUUCUUCCUAUCCGAAUAAGUUGUACAAUGGAAGAAUUAGCUCGAAUGUAUAUUAAAGAGAUUGUCAGGUUGCAUGGCGUGCCUUCUACCAUUAUAUCUGAUAGGGAUCCUCGCUUUACAUCAAGGUUCUGGGGAGCUUUUCAGCGUGCAUUUGGAACUCAGCAAAGUUUGAGUACUGCGUAUCACCCUCAGAUAGAUGGUCAGUCAGAAAGAACUAUUCAGACCUUGGAGGAUAUGCUAAGGGCUUGUGUUUUGGACCAGCCUGCGAGCUGGGAUCGAAAAUGUCAGUCUCUACUAUGUUUGUAUGAAACUGGAGAAAGGAGUUUAUUAGGGCCUGAAAUGAUAGCUGAAACGACUGAGCAGAUAAAGAAGAUUCGUAGUCGAAUGCUUAUAGCCCAAAGCCGCCAGAAGAGCUAUGCUGAUCAGAGGCGAAAGCCUUUGGAAUUUGAAGAAGGAGAACAUGUCUUUCUGAAAGUUACACCAACCACUGGCGUGGGAAGGGCUAUUAAGACUAAGAAGCUGAAUCCCCGUUAUAUUGGACCCUUUGAGAUUCUGAAGAGGAUUGGGCCAGUGGCUUAUAGAAUUGCCUUACCGCCAUAUCUUUCGAAUUUGCACGACGUGUUUCAUGUGUCUCAGCUUAGGAAGUAUACCCCUGAUGCAAGUCAUGUUCUAGAACCAGAACCAAUCCAAGUGAAAGAAGAUCUAACACUCCCAGUAAUUCCGGUGAGGAUUGAUGAUACUAAUAUUAAACGAUUACGUGGAAGGGAAGUAUCAUUGGUAAAAGUAGCUUGGAGUCGAGUUGGUAUCGAAGAACAUACCUGGGAGCUCGAAUCGGAUAUGCGAAAGGACUAUCCACAUCUCUUUGCAGGUAACUAUAUUUGA